AUGGCGCCCACCAAGUUCAUCGAUUCGUUCCAAGACGCCAACGCACGCCUUAAUGUUCUGGCAAAAAGAAAGAACUUUGCAAGCCGAAACCCCGGUGUGAUUCUCGUCUUUUGCAUUGCCUUCCUCGUCGCAUUGGGAAUUGUCUCGCUUUUCAUCUACCGUUGGGUGCUACGAAAGCAGGCUGAGAAGCAGCAGUUCGAGACCACAGAGGACUAA